GAAAAUAACUCGUACCGUACGCCAUCUGCUGUCGGUUAUGGUUAAGUUAACUAUCAAAAAACACCGAUUGACAAAGUAACAAAAUAUUAAUAUACUCCUGGAUGUAUUCAACUUCUCUAAAUAUGUUAACAUCUCUUCGUGUAUUUCGUACGCUUUUAGCUUCUACAAAAAGCAGAGGAAUACAAACGUCUUCUAACCAUGCAUCCGAACAGCUGUUCAAUCAUAGAGAUACCGAAUACAAUAAUCCCAGUACACCCUUCGAGUUUAAUGAAGCAAACAAAAAACGUAUCGAGGCACUUCUCAAAAUUUAUCCAGAAGGUCACAAACGUGGUGCGAUGAUACCUUUAUUAGAUUUAGCUCAAAGACAACAUGGUUGGCUACCUCUCUCCGCUAUGCAUAAAGUUGCAGAGAUUCUCAAUGUACCACGUAUGCGCGUUUAUGAAGUUGCUACCUUUUAUACAAUGUUUAAUAGAAAUCCAAUGGGAAAAUAUCAUAUACAAAUCUGUACGUGUACUCCAUGCUGGUUACGAGAUUCAGAUUCUAUAGUAAAUGCUGUAACCGAGGCAGCAUGUUGCAAACUUGGUGGUACCUCUGAAGAUAAAUUAUUUACAGUAUCGGAAGUAGAAUGUUUAGGAGCAUGUGCCAAUGCACCAAUGUUCCAAGUUAAUGAUGAUUAUUAUGAAGACUUGACUCCUGAGAGUGCGGCAAAGAUAAUAAAUGCAUUAAGAAAAGGUGAAAGACCACCACCUGGCCCUCAAAAUUCACCUAGAUUUGCUGCAGAUCCAGCUGGUGGAUUAACAUCCUUGAAAACUCCACCUCCAGGACCAGGAUUUGGUGUCAGAUCAGAUCUAUAAAACAAAAUGUAAAUACAAAUUUAGUGUAUGAUAUAUGUAAAUGAUUUAGCAAUGUUCAAAAACAUUAUAAAUAAAGUUUCCGAUAAUAGAAAAA